CGGGUGGCAACACUGCGAACCACUCUUUCCCGCCAUGUUUCACGCCGCGUAAAAUGCGUAAUGUAAUAGGCUUUUCCUGUUCCCACAUUUCAUGUGAUCGCCUUUGUGAACUGUCCUCUUCUCGUCUUACGCACCGUGUUCUGUUGCUUCGCUGACACAAGUGUAGCCUGUGAAUUUUCAGUCAUUUUCGUUGGCCAUUCAUCGUGCAAGGUCUUUUGAGGCGUAUUCAUGAGCCCAAUUGGGUCCAACAGGCGUGGAACCACAGGAGUCAUUCUUGCAUAAACCAGAAUAUUCCAGAUGUCUUGCAGAUUACAAAACCUUCUCCUGCGGGACUUUUUCGUCCCAAGCCUGGACGAAGGUCGAUACGGACAGCAGCUGCACUGGGUCGACAGGCCUUCGGGGAUUUUCUCUAUACGAUGGGAGCACCAAGGCAAGAAGGCUUGGAAGGAGCAGAAUGGCUCUGUGUUCAAGGAUUGGUCAGUGAGGAAAAAACGCUGGGACAGCGACGACCCAGAGAGGAUGUCCAAAGCAAAGCAGAGGAUCCGCUCAGCUCUGGACAAGCUCAACAAUGUCAGACGAGUGGACGGUGGAAUGUGUGACUACAGGCUCUACCAGAUACUGGAUAUCGAGGAAUUUGACAAGGGUCCAAAGCAGCCGAGUGAGAAACCAGGUCUGGCAACCGACAGUGAAUGCCCCCCAAUUCAGGAAAAGGAUCCUGGAAGCCAGAAGAGGUGGCGCUGCCUCAAGCCCCGUUAUGACACUUCUCCCGAUCAUGCCGUACUGCAAGAAGAAGCUGGAGAUGACAAGCCCUGCACAUCUGCAUCUCCCAAAAAGCCAAAUAGCCCCAGAAAACGUCAAAGCUCUUCUGGCCUGGCAGCAGAUGAUGACCCAGAUCAAGACUUCCAUUGGGAGUACUACCUGGAUGCCACACAGGCUGAAGCCACACCACCAACAGCAUUUGCACAUGUGGAGCGAAGCUUGGAGAGCGGACUGAAAGCUGGCAUGAAACUGGAAGUUCCCACCCCCGAUGCCCCUGGCUACUAUUGGCUGGCUUCCGUGGUCACUACUUGCGGACCCCUGUUGUCACUGAGGUACCUCGGGUACGGAGCAGACCGCUCCGCCGACUUCUGGUUCGACGUUUCCUCAAAUGAGGUACACCCCCUGGGAUGGUGUGCUCAGCAUCAGAAGCCGCUUCGUCCUCCUCAAGCAAUCCAAGAUCGCCAUCUGAGCUGGGAAACGCUGCUGGACUCUGAAUUGCAAGGAGCUGUGACAGUCCCCUCGUACCUCUUGGAACUGAAAGGCUCUGCUCCAAUAGACCAGAUAAAGCAGGGCAUGAAGUUGCUCAUUCUAGAAGAAGAAAACCCUCUCAAUGGAUGGGCAGCCUCUGUCCUGGAGAACGUCGGUGGUCGGCUGCUGCUCAGAUACGACGGCUGCGACACAGCAGUGUGGGACUUUUGGCUCUUCUAUCUGUCUCAUAGGGUGAAAGCCUUAGACACCCCUUCAAGCACAGAGCAGACGUACAAACCACCUCAAGUUAUCGAGAACCUGCACGGCUUGGAGGAGUGGAAAUCUAUCCUCAAGACCUCCAUGGAUGAAGCUCAGAAAUAUAACAGCAAGGUUCUGGCCAACAUACUGCAGCCUCCCGUUGAGCUGGCUGAGCACGGUUUCCAAGUGGGAAUGAAAUUGGAGCUCCUCCAUCCUACAACGCGGAAGGAAGCCUGCGUAGCUACGGUGACGAGGGUGCUCAACAAGCACUGGUUCUUGGUACAAGCAGACGACAUGCGCCAUCCCAAGGACUCUCCACCGACCGUACGCUGUUGCCACGCCCAGUCACAGACCAUUGUCCCCGUGGGUUGGGCAGAACGCAAUGGUCUACCCCUCCUUCCACCGCCCGGUUACCCCGAGGCAAACUUCUCAUGGCAGGACUACCUGUCGUCCACUGGAACUGCAGCAGCACCGAAUGACAUUUUUCACUUGGAAGAAGACACCCUGGGAUUUGAAGAGGGACAGAAGCUGGAAGCCGUCAACAUUCGUAACUUAAAUCAGGUGUGCGUGGCAACAGUGGAGAAGGUGGCGCCUCCUUUUGUGUGGAUUCGCCUGGAAAGCGAGGAGUGCAACUUUGUACAGCCCUUGCGCUCGCAGCAGCUCUUCCCAGUGGGCUGGAGCGCCUCCAACAGUUUUCCCCUGCGGCCCCCUUCAAACUACAGCCGCCUCUCCAAACGUCCCGCUCGAAGGCCGUCGGGACUGCUGGAUUCGCCUUCCAAGAACAAAAAGAAUGACAGUAAGGAUGGCAAACUCUCAGGAAUGAAGAACAGCAAGUCCUGGUGCCCCUGCAUCUACCUCAACCAUCGUUGCUUCUCUGGCCCCUUCCUGUCAAAGGGUCGCCUGGCGGAGCUGCCCAGACAGAUAGGUCCCGGUCCCAUAUCCCUUGUGCUCAAGGAAGUCCUCACGCAGGUCAUCAACGUCGCGUACAAAUCGAGCCGAGUGCUCAGUGAGCUUCAGCUCAAGGGGAAACCAAACCCCACCAUGCACCAGCAGGUUCUCAAAGCAAAGUACAAGGGGAAAACGUACCGGGGAGUAGUGGAAACAGUGCGUAACAGCAGUGCAGUGGAAGAAUUCUGUCGUAACAUAUGCAUGAAGUUGGAAUGCUGCCCAAACCUCUUUGGACCCAAAUGCUUUGGUGACAACUGUCCAGAGAAGUGCUUUAACUUAACCAAGACCAAAUACACAUACAAUGUUGUGCGGAAGAAACAGAAGAAGCAGCCCUCCGGUAAAAAAAGAGCAAGGCCUAGUCCAGCCCCAGAGGAAUCCUCACAGGACGAGCAGAAGAUGCCAGGAGGGCAAGUAGAAAAGGAAAACGAACAAGAAUCUGAGGAGGAAUCGUCGGUCCCUGCGAAGAAGCCGAAGGAAGAAGCCUCCUCCGCCCCUUCUCGGAUGAAGACGCGUGGAGCACAGCUGCCGGACUUCAAGAACAUCAACCUGGACCUGAAAUGGCAAAAGUCGCUCAAGUCCCGCCUGGUGCGUCAGCCGCAGCAAGAGGCCUCACAGUCCGCAGCAACGCAAGAAUCUCCUCAGUGUUUACCCACCGCGCCUGAGGUGCGUAAUACGUGGUGCACAUUCCUCAGGCAGCAGAGUAGGGAGGAUGAGAGCACGUACGAGACUCUCAAGAUUGGAAGUGUGCCAGCACAGUCCAUGCCGCUUGACUCGAAUCCACUCGAAUGGAGUGUGAGUGACGUCGUCCGGUUCAUCAAGACAACAGACUGUUCGCACUUAGCCAAGACACUUCAGGAACAGGAAAUUGACGGCCAAGCCUUGCUUCUGCUCACCCUACCAACGGUGCAGGAGUUUCUCGAGCUCAAGAUGGGGCCUGCCGUUAAAUUUUGUCACCUCAUAGAACGCAUCAAGUUAACCUUCUACACCCAGUUUGCGAAGUAGGCUGAUUUGUGUAAAUACAACAGAGAGUCAGAGCUUUAUGGUGUACAUAGAAAUUUCCGACUGAAUAGUGUCCCUUUAUUCAUUCGUUUUAUCGCUCCGUGUGCAACUGCAUGGCACUGCACGUAGAAGCUAGAGAUUUACAUUAUUCUAUUUAUGAUGGUCGUGCAUUCUGUGAAAGGGGCACAUGUGAUAUGGGAGUUAUCAUGUUGAAAGAAUAAAGCAUCUUCACAUCAUGUUAA